UCAAGGUUCAAUGGCCAACAAAGCAGUUUUCAGUCUUUUCCUCUUAUUAGUUAUUUCAGGUUGGCGGGUGCAAUCUGAUAUAACCUUCAACUUCGACAAUGAGUGCUCAUUCUCAGUUUGGCUAGCCGCCAGUCCCUCCAUUGGUGAUGGUGAUCCAGAGAGAGGUCCAGGCACAUUGGAAAUAUUUUCGAUGCCAGAUCCUUGGACUGGUAGCAUUUGGGCACGGACCAAGUGCUCCUAUGAUGCCUCGUUGAAUAAUUUUACUUGUGAGACAGGAGACUGCGGGUCUGGCUUAGUUCAAUGCCAAUCCCCACCACCAAAACCUCCUGCGACCCUCCUCAAUUUUGGUAUUAACCAAAAUGUGGUCACUUAUGAAGUGAACCUGAACCAUGGGUUCAACGUGCCAGUCCGGAUUAAGCCAGUAGGCGGCUCGUUGGUUGGAGGGUCCGGACCAUGCCCUGUGGUAGACUGCAUCAAGAACUUGAAAGAUGUGUGCCCUUCGCCCUUGACGGCUCUAAACCAAAAUGGAGUUUACGUAGGGUGCAAUAGUCCUUGCGAUGCACUACAAGAUCCCAAAUAUUGUUGCACUGGAGCCUCUGCAGGGCAGGCUUGCCAGCCCAAUGAAUAUUCUAAAACAUUCAAGCAAGUUUGUCAGUUGGCUCAUACAUAUCCAGGAGAUAAUGAUCCUCCAAUCUACAAGUGUAGCGGGGCUACUUCUUACGAUGUUACCUUCUGUCCUCUUUAAACAAGCCAAUUUAGGCAUGCUAAUCAAGUCCCCUUUUUUUUAUUUGAAAUUUUGCAAAGACUGUUAUGAGCUCUAAACUAGAUAUGCUCUCAAUGGUUUGCAAAUGCGUUUGCCAAGUUUUAAAUUUUAUGGUCAGUGCAUAAGAUU